AAAGCACUCGGCAGAUGCGCGCGUGGAAACUGCGAUUGAAUCUGUAGAGAGACGAAAAGCGGCUCGAUCGAUGACAAAGGGUGGAAGCGUCCGCGUGGCGUCGUCGUCAUAUAAGUAGAGUGGCGGUAACGACGAAUGGCGAUGGGAUUCAUCUCACGUGGUUCACGCUGGUUCACGCGCGGUUGUGCAAUGGUGCAAACCUGUGCAAACCGGCGCUGGACGAAUGCGCGCGCACGCAUCGGCCAUCUUGACGGACGACUCGCGCGCGCGUGUGCGUGUGUGCGUAUUUUGGCGGUUUACCAGUUGCACGCGGCACGCGCGUCGUACCACGCGCGCAUCGGCGGCAAAGAGGUCGCGCGUGUCAGCCAGCCAGUCAGCGGUGUAGGUUGCCGCGACCAGCAACCGCAUCGCGUAGCACGACAUAACGCGACAACGGUUACGGGGAAGAAGAGUGUGCUCCGAUUGUGUGAGAGAAGCGAGGCGGAAUAAUCGGACGGACGAACGCGGAGGUGAAAAAAAGAGGAGACAGCGGGCGCGCGCGCUCGCGCGCCGGUUGACCACGCGGGGGUGGCAGCGACGCGAUGGAGCUGCACACGCCGAAGCGGGAGUCGCGCCCGUCAGCGGACACGCUGCUCGAGCGUAGCCCGUCGAUGUGCGACACGACGCUCUACCCGUGGAACUGGGGUGAGGAGGCGCGCAACGUGAACCUGAGCCCGGGCAGCUCGUGCUCCUCGCCGGAAUACCGUGGGGAGCAGCACGUCGUCGCGGGUUUGGACGCGAGCGGCGGUGGCGCGGGCGGCAGAUCGGCCGCCGGCAACGUCUCCGAGAGCCACCGGCGCGGCCGACCGCGCGCCGACGCACUCACGAAUCUCAUGAAGCAGGGUAGCACGUCGCCGAGCAGCAUCAAGUGUACCUACUGCCAUCGGGUGUUCCCGCGCGAGAAGCUGCAGGCGCACCUGCGCACUCACACGGGAGAACGUCCAUAUCUAUGUGAUUAUCCUGGAUGUACAAAAGCUUUCACUCAAUCGGGACAACUGAAGACUCAUCAACGAUUGCAUACAGGAGAGAAGCCAUUUUUGUGCACCGAACCAGGUUGUGAAACAAGAUUCACUCAUGCCAAUAGACAUUGUCCCGACCAUCCUUAUGCCAAUCUCACAAGAUCAGAUGACUUUGUAUUAAAGCCAGUGUCGGAUAACACAGAAUUGCCAUACGAUGUAAGUAGAUGGCUGGAGCGUUACAAGAUGUCUAGGGAACGAGAAGAUCGAACUCCGACUGGAAAGAACGAACGAAAAAAGAAGACUUGGAAGAAUACCGAAAAUCACAAGAGGAUAAAAUCUAGAAAAGGCCUCAUGAUGGAUAUUGCUGGGGAACAAGAAAAUCUCGACCGCAAUCCGUCGAAUCAACGGUUGCACUAUGGAGAUAAUCAGGAUAGUCAGGAGGAGAGCCAGGACGAGGAUCCAACAGAGCCAUGUUGCGCAGUACUGCAAACAUCCGAGGAUGAGGAAGCGUCGAAUACCAAGUUAGCGAUCACCUCGUUAAGAAGACCCUUGGACAGACUACAACCAAAGAAACGAUGGCUAAGAAAUUGCUUGGACCAACAACUAGAUCUAAAUGAAGACAUUCGGUCUAACAAUGUAACGACUAUACGCAAAAUUGAUGAGAAACAAAUUCUGAGCGAAUCUACAGAAUCAGAGCUUCACUGGUACACGACGUUCUUGGACAAUUCCAUCACCGAGAGUAAUACACCCAUAUCGAAUCUAGACAAUAAAUUAGAAACUCCAAAUACACAAUUGGAGCCUUCAUAUGGCACCUCUCAAAUGUGCUGCAUGAUGAGUCACAACAACGAAUCUUUAAGAGUAACGGAAGAAAAUGUAUAUGAGAUUGUGCAUCCACUGAACCAACCACAAUGGGAUUCGUUGAAUAGCUUAUCAAAUAAUCAGGGUAUUUUUAAUAGUAGUAUUAACGAAUCCGCUGUAAAAAUUCAAGAUCUUGAAUCUGGAUGUUCGCAUUUCGAUUACACGAAGCAGCACGUUCAUAUAGAUACAACGAAUCAGAAUUUGCUAGCCACCUCUCAUAUCAGCGAAAAUGAAACCAGACCGACGGUUCUGAUGUUGGCUGGUAGUUCCAAUAGCAGCAAAGAAAUUAUCUCGAAAUCGCCUGCAAUAGAUUCUAUAAAAACGGAAACGAAAGUAGUUGUUAAGCAGGAGGACAAUAUAAGUAUAGUUAAAUUACCGGUACAAGAAGACAAUAAGAAAUGGCAGGGUGCUUUGGCAUUAAUGGAACUGGCCAAAACGCAAGAAGAAGCGAGGAGUUUAGCAUGUCUUAAGCACAAUGUAAGGGACGAAUGUUCCGCGGCUUCAGAAUUAUUAUAGCCACUUACAGACUGUGAUUACAGGUUAUUAUAACUUUGUUAUUUUUAUACGCGAGAAGAAAAUUGAAUAAAAGCUAUACACUCAUGUAACACAGUCCAUUUAUCGGUAUAAAAAUGUAAAAGCAGCCUCUUGUUGUGAAACACAUCUGUUUUCUUUCUUUGAUUAUUAUUAAAUUUUUACUAUUAUUAUUCUCAUGUGAUGAAUUGUGUUUGUUCUAAUUCUGAUAGCUUUCUGAAUUUUUUAAUUUCAUGUAUUAAUUAUUAUAUAUAUAUAAAACAGGGUAACUGUUUUACUGUUAUAAUCAAUCUUCUUCCACGUACCGUUCAGAAAAAAGCAUAUGUGUCUCAUAAGAUUAAAGCGAGAAUCUUAUUUUUAUUGCAUAAUAAUCGUUUUUCACACAUUAAAUCGAUUUAAGAGAGUAUUGUAAUUAAGUUUGUUUUGUUUUGUUAGCGCAAAACCGCGGAAUUGUAUAACAUGCAUGUAAGCACGUAUUUACAUGUUUAUUUUUUUGCUCCACAGUUUAUUGUUAUUAUAUUAUAGUAAAGACUUGUGUGAUACUUAUUUUAAGAACAAUAAAUAUGAAAAUGAAAAAUAAAA